AUGUUAGCCGAUGGUUUCUCUGUUGAUCCCACACGUUAUUCAACCGUCUUUUGUAAAUUUCGAAACUAUAUUUCCUAUGUCAUAUAUCGAAUUCCAUCAGAUUUUACGUUAAUGGCUACUGUCGAUCGCUACUGUUGUAGUUCACAAAGUACAAAACGUCGAAAAUUUAGUACACUUCAAGUAUCUUAUUAUGUCAUUCCAAUCAUUAUCGCUAGUGUUAUGCUGAUUAGUUCACAUAUUCUCAUCUAUUUCCAGAUCGAUCGAAGAAUCAACAUUUGUCGACCAAAAGAAGGACGUUAUACCGAAUUUUUCGGAGCUUUUAAUCUCUUCAUGUACAUUCUUAGCCUUUAUGUAUUAGUUUUAUUCGGAUUUUUAACAAUCGUUAAUGUCAGAAAACAACAACGUCGUCGAAUAAUGCCGAUCCGUUUGAGUAUGGCUAGCACACAUUAUAAAAAACGUCAACGUGAAGCUCAAUUAUAUAUCAUACUCUUUUUUCAUGUUGCAUCUUAUUUAUUUCUUGCUCUGCCCUUUGUUCUUUCGCUACUUUUCACAGCCGUUGUCAAAAAACCAACUUCGACAUUCUUAUUUAUUCAAAAUUUAUCUCGUAUACUAUUUAAUUCAUGGUAUAGUAUUCAAUUUUAUAUAUUUACAAUGAGUGCAAGACUUUAUCGUUAUGAAUUUUUUUCUGCACUUAAUUGUUUAUCACAACGAUUUAUAGGGAUAAAGUGCAUCAGAACAAAAAAUGAUGAAAAAUCGCACAAUCGAAGUAUGCGUGUGACCGUUCUAACAGCAGAAUAUUCGGCAUAA